AUGUGUAUUGCGUUUCAAUCAUCAACGUCAUUCUCUUUGUUAAUUGAUUCAUAUCAUUAUUUAAUUAGUUAUCAAAGUUCAAACGAACACAAAUUAACUAUGAAUAAACAACAACAACCACAACAGCAGCAGCAGCAGGAAACAAAUUCAUGUAAAACUGAAGAACUAAUAUUAUGUGAUUCGUUUAUUGAAAAAUUGAAAUCGUUUAUACAAUGGUUUUAUACAUAUGUAUGGGCAAUUUAUUUUCUUCUUGUUGUUAUACUUGUUUAUCUAAUGAGAGGACCUUUAAAAAUUACACAAUCAUUUACAACAGCUACUAUGUUUUUUAAUACGUUAACUCCAAAAUUUUAUGUUGCAUUAACUGGCACAUCGUCAUUAAUUUCUGGCCUUAUUUUGAUAUUUGAGUGGUGGUAUUUUAAAAAGUAUGGCACAUCGUUUAUUGAACAAGUAUCUAUAAAUCAUUUAACUCCAAUUUUGAAUCCAAGUGAAACUAAUACAGAACAUGAUACAAGUAAUAUACCCGUAACUGGUACAAAUGAAUGUAAAGUAUGGAAAAAUCCUAUGUCACUCUUUCGUGGUUCAGAAUAUCAACGUCUACUAACAACGAAUGGAAAAGAACCAUUAACAUUUCACGAUAUGAAUUUAUCAGCACAAGAACAUCAGACAUUUUUCUCAUGUGAAGCAGAUGAAGGAAAACAAGAAUAUGAACUUAUGCAAAGAGCGUGGAGAGAACGAACACCAGCUACUAGAAUACAAUUAGCACACGAUGCAUUAGAAAAAAAUCUAGAAUGUACACCAGCUUUAAUACUACUCGCAGAGGAAGAAGCUACAACAAUUAUUGAAGUUGAACGUUUACUACGACAAGCAUUAAAAUGUGCAGAAAAUGCAUAUAGAAAAAGUCAACAACUAUUAGAACAGGGACAUAAUCAAGAAAUUAUACAUAAACGAAAUACAAAUAUUUUAAUUUAUGUUAAACGUCGUCUUGGAAUGUGUGCACGAAAAUUAGGAAAAUCAAGAGAAGCAAUAAAAAUUUUUAGAGAUUUAGUAAAAGAAUUUCCAAUGAUGAGUGUAUUUAAUAUUCAUGAAAAUUUAAUUGAAGUAUUACUUAUGAUGCAAUCAUAUGCCGAUGUACAAGCAGUAUUAGCUAAAUAUGAUGAUAUUAGUCUACCAAAAUCAGCCACAAUAUGUUAUACGGCUGCUUUAUUGAAAGCGAGAGCCGUUGCGAGCACAUUUUCUCCUGAUAUAGCCAGUAAACGUGGUCUAAGUACGGCAGAAAUGUCAGCAGUCGAAGCCAUUCAUAGAGCAGUUGAAUUUAAUCCACAUGUACCAAAAUAUCUAUUAGAAAUGAAAAGUCUAAUAUUACCACCUGAACAUAUUCUUAAACGUGGUGAUAGUGAAGCAAUAGCGUACGCCUUCUUUCAUUUACCACAUUGGAGAAGAGUCGAUGGAGCAUUAAAUUUACUUCAUUGUACUUGGGAAGGAACAUUCCGAAUGAUCCCAUAUCCAUUAGAAAAAGGACACCUAUUUCAUCCGUAUCCAACAUGUACAGAGGCAGCAGAUAGAGAAUUACUACCAACAUUUCAUGAUGUUUCCGUAUUUCCUAAAAAAGAAUUACCAUUUUUUAUAUUAUUCACAGCUGGUCUUUGUUCCGGUACAGCUAUGUUAGCUUUGUUAACUCAUCAAUAUCCAGAAGUGGCUGCUUACGUGGCUAAAUUAUUUAUACAAUGGAAAGUAACUAUUCGAAAUGAAGCAAUUACUGUUCCAAACGAGUUUGUUGUAUCAACAAAUACAACUGGAAAAAAGAUCAAAGGUUACCAGUUGUUGAAAAGUUUAAAUGAAAAUAAAAAUAUCAAUGAACUAAAACGACAACUAUCAAAAAUAACAAAACAUCAAGCAGUUCUAAAAGAGCCUGUACCAAAAAUACAGGCAGAAAAAGCAGAACGUGUAGCAGCAUAUGAACAAGAAUCAAAAUCUAUGAAAAAAUGGGAUCCAAUAGUAGAAAAAUACCGAACAGUAUGUAUGAAGCAAUUGAUUAUUGUCGGUAAAAGAAAACAAAUGAUCUCGAAUGUUUUUUGAAUAACGUUUAAUAGGAAAAAGAUAGAGACUUACGGUUCUCACCAAUCGAAAGUGACUGCAUCUUUCCACGAAAUGCAAGAUGUCUUGAAUAUAUUUUUCCAAACUAGGUUUUCUAGAGGAUCUUUGAGAAACUAGAUCAUAGCUCAGAAACUUGAGAUAUACAUAUUUCGGUUUUUUCAUGAAUGAAUAGCCCAAAGUAUUGUCUUCAAGUCAGACUAGACUCUUAUCUUCGAUCGUUUAGAUCUGGCAUCGGAUUUCUGGGGAGCCACAUGAUUGAUAUUAUUUUAUUAUUGAAUAGGCUGAGGCGCGUGACAAUGCUUAUGUUCCGAAGAAAAUUAAAAACAACUUUUUUCCCCCAGAAGGAUUUCUAGAAAAACCUUUCAAAACUUAGAUGCUUUGUAUUGGCUUUGAAAACUUUUGUAGAAAUCUAGGUCAUUGCGUAGAUACAAUAGAGUUUAUCUUCAUGUUCUGGAGUAGUUUGGAUCGGUUUUGAGUGAGUUAUAAAUUUUUGAAUUUCUCGCCCAUACAGCCAAAACGGGAUUAUUGCACCUAGUAUAAGUAAUUAUUCAGUUUUUUAAUUUUCUUCGGAACAUAAGCAUUGUCACGCGCCUCAGCCUAUUCAAUAAUAAAAUAAUAUCAAUCAUGUGGCUCCCCAGAAAUCCG